AUGCCGCCAGUCGGUGCCAUAUCUCUUACACCACCACUAGAGCUAUUUACCCUCCUCCUCCUCCCGGCGUGUCCACGAGCACUCGUCCUCCUCGUCUCCCUCCCCCCUUCCACCCCCCCCACUUCAGCAGCUCGUCUGCUUGUCCCUCCUUUUGUUCGUCGGCCGCCGCCGCCCCCCAUGGCCCACAAUUAUUCCAGCACCCAACAGUCGAAUCCCUUUGCCACUCCCCAGCCUUCGCCGCAUCCGUAUGGCUCCACCAAUCCCAACUUCAACGAUUCCACUGGCCUCGUCGCUCCUCUCCAGGCCCACUCGAAGAAACGCUUUAGCCGCUGGGUAUUGAUCGGCAUCCCGGUCCUCAUAGCCAUUAUCCUUGCUGCCGUCCUGGGCGGCGUCCUGGGUAGCCGAGCCCACCACAAUUCUUCGGUCUCGUCCAAUGCUGCCGCACAGCCCACCGGGGCUGCUGCCAGUGCCCAAGAACAGAUCGGCUUAUUCGCCACGGGCACCGACAGCCUCUACAUGCUCCCCUUGUACCCUUCGACGACUAACACCGCUGCGUUCACCACCCCGACUUUUGAGCCCCAAGCUUCUGGCCUCAGCUGGCCCACCGAUUCAUGGACACCCCCCAGUCCCCCCUCGCCGACUCAGGUCCGCCCCGAUCGUCCCCGUCUUAUUGCCCCCUCGUACAAGUGGCAGGCACUUCCAGAACUAAUUCAGCACGAACCAUACAUGAAGUACUGGAACGAUUCGAUCUUCGCUAAUGCCACCGUCUAUUACAACGAACCCGUCGUCGCAUAUUACUAUGACAGCGGUAAUGGCAUUUUGGAUAUCGCGAGACAGAUCAAGAUGAGGAUCAAGGCAUUCUCGUACGUAUACCGCAUGACAAACGAUACAAAGUGGUCGGAAAGAGCAUUUUUGGAACUUCAGAAUGCCGCGGGUAAUGGUACCAACUCGUUUGGUCCAGACACCUCUGAGCGAUGGAACCCGACUCAUUUCCUCGACACCGCAGAGAUGAGCGCCGCGUUCGCCAUUGCCUAUGACUGGAUGUAUGACGCGUGGAACUCGACCGAGAAGGAACAGAUCAUGUGGACAAUGAUUGAGUAUGGCCUCACGGCUGGUGUCGUCGGAUACACCAAUAGCAACGGCCUCUACUAUGGCUGGUGGACAGAUGAAGUGCAGGGUAACUGGAACUGUGUCUGCAACAGCGGUCUUACCAUGGGCGCACUGGCCAUCCUAGACGACGACCCGACCGGUACUGCUGCGCAGCUCCUGGGGUACACGAUUCCCAAUGCUAUUCUUAACUGCGCGGAAGCUGUAAGCUCAGACGGUACGUGGCAAGAGACCCCCAACUACUGGUAUUUCGGUGUCACUGGCCAUGCCGAAAUGGCCUCGUCACUCGUGACGGCCACUGGAUCCGACUUCGACCUCCUGUCGACUAACCCCGGCUUCCAAUAUACUGGUCUGUUCCACAUGCAUGUUACUGGCCCCGGCACGAUGUUCGAAUGGGGUGACAGUGGUGUCCAGACGUACUCGACCACUGCUAACCCCAUGUUGUUCUACGGAGACCAGUAUAACCACCCCGAAUACAUGCUGUUCCAGCGUGACCAGCACGAUGCUGCUAGUGAUCCGUGGAGUAUGUUCUGGUACAAUCCCGCUGUCUCUGGUGCGUUCUGGGACGGAAUGCCUUUGGACGGAUUCUUCAACAAUCAUACCGACGGCUGGGGUUCGAUGCGGAGCAGCUGGACAGAUGAGGACGCACUUUUUAUCGCCAUGAAGGCAGGUACUUUGCAGGGCCACCAGACACACAACGACCUCGAUUGCGGAGAUUUUGUCCUGGAUGCCCUCGGCACACGCUGGAUCGGCGAACUCGGCGAUGAGAACUAUCUCGACCCGGGAUAUUUCAGCAAUGACACGCAAGACAGUGAACGGUGGCUGUACUACCGCAAGCGCACGGAGGGCCAGAACACGAUUUUGGUGAACCGCGCGAACCAGCUGGUGACGGCUCAGCCCACAAUUGAUUAUGGGACCGACAACGUUACCCAGGGAUCAAGCACAGUGUUCACACCUCCGGGUAACUCCACCGCGUUCUUCACCGCUGACCUUGCUAGCGCGUACGAGAAUGUAACGUCGUUCCAUCGUGGGAUCCGCAUGCUCAAUGGCAGGAGACAAGUUCUCCUUCAGGACGAUAUUACCACGAACACUCCUUUCAUGUGGCGGGUGCACACGAACGCAAGCGUAACCGUCGACUCUGAUGGACAAGGCGCGACACUGCAGAUCGGAAACGAAAAAGUGCUGCUGCAGGUGCUGAGUCCUGCGAACGGCUACAACAUCACGACGCAAACGCCUGCAGCACGGCUGGAUACGGACCCGCCACUGCCCCCGGGCGGUGAAGACCUGCCUAACACCGGGGUGACGGUGAUCAUGAUCAACUUUGAACCGGGGACGUACAGUCUGCAGGUGCUAUUCAGCCCACAAUGGGCAGAGAUGGCGGCGAACGAAUACGUGACGCCGCCGUCUGUGCCGGUAACGUCGUGGACGUUGACGAGCCAUAACAGCUGA